AUGGUUGUUCUGCGACUCCUACCUCGGCUCCUCCUCCAGUUGCAACAUCAUCAACAACACCUCGACCCGAUGGAAGAUGCGGAAAAGACUUUGGUGGCGCUACUUGCGACCCCAAUGGCGGCUAUGGAGGUUGCUGUUCUUCUUACGGGCAUAUAUUGCGGUACUACUCCAACACACUGUCAAGCUUCAAGCGGAUGCCAGAAUGGAUGCAUUGCAACUCCACCAGACAGCACUCCAUCAGGCACCACCACUUCAGCAGCCGAGCCAGUAAUUGGCCCUGCUACUUCGUCUAUACCCCCUCAAGCUACUGCGACAGCGAAGGUGACUACAGAUGGCACUUGUGGUACCACCAACAACAAUGAGGUUUGUGGAAACUGGCCAAACGGAAACUGCUGCUCUGCGUAUGGAUUCUGUGGUUCAACAAGUGCUCAUUGUGGCGGUGGUUGCCAAUCUGGUAACUGUCUAAAUGCUCCCGCAGUUGCUGCGCCUGGCCCAAGUCCAGCACCUCUGGCACCAAAUGGCGGCUCUUUCGAAAUUGUCGGACAAUCUGGUGUUCCUGCAAUGCACGCCGCACUCAUGCCAAACGGAAAGGUGAUGUUCCUGGAUAAGUUGGAGAACUACACUCAGCUCAAGACUGCGAACGGUUAUUACGCAAUGUCUUCGGAAUACGAUCCUGUCACACACGCUGUCGUUCCUCUUACCUAUCUUACCAACGCCUUCUGUUCGGGUGGAACUUUCCUUGCUGAUGGUCGAGUCAUCUCGGUUGGAGGCAACGCGCCAUUGACAUGGUUAGAUCCAAACAUCGGCGAUGGUUUUGACGCCAUUCGAUAUCUUGGUCGAUCGUCUUCAAACAAAGCUCCUGAUGGACAAGGAUGGAGUGAGCCUGGAAACAAGCUUGCCAGUGCUCGCUGGUAUGCAACAGCACAAACUAUGCCUGACGGAACUGUCUUUGUUGCAUCCGGUAGCUUGAACGGUCUCGAUCCUACAGUUUUGGCGAACAACAACCCAACUUACGAAAUUCUCAGUCCGCAAGCAGUGACUCAAGGAAAGAAUAUUCCUAUGGAUAUUCUCGUCAAGAACCAGCCAUACUACAUGUAUCCUUUCGUCCACCUUCUGAAUGAUGGUAACUUGUUCGUCUUCGUUUCCAAGUCCGCUCAAGUUUUCAACGUCGGAAGCAACACUAUCGUCAAGGCACUGCCAGAUCUUCCAGGAGAAUAUCGCACCUACCCAAACACAGGUGGUAGCGUUAUGAUGCCAUUGUCAAGCAAGAACAAUUGGGCACCAGAUAUCAUUAUUUGUGGCGGAGGUGCCUAUCAAGAUAUCACAUCUCCUACCGAUCCAAGUUGUGGUCGUAUUCAACCUCUGAGCGACAACCCAAAAUGGGAAAUGGAGUCGAUGCCAGAAGGUAGAGGUAUGGUCGAGGGUACUCUGCUCGCCGACGGUACCGUUCUCUUCCUCAAUGGUGGAAACCGAGGCGCACAAGGAUUUGGACUUAUGCAAAACCCAACUCUAGAGGCACUUCUCUAUGAUCCAAGUCAACCACUUGGUAAAAGAUUCACUACUGCCGCAUCAUCCACCGUUCCCCGUCUGUAUCACUCUGUCGCACUGAUGACACUUGAUGGAUGCGUUUUGGUCACUGGCUCCAACCCGGUGGAAAUGCCAAAGUUGGCCCCAGAUGCUAAGGAUCCAUAUGUCACCGACUUCCGAGUCGAGAAAUAUACUCCACCUUAUCUACAAGGUGACAAUGCCAACAAGCGACCAACGAAUAUUGUCCUCUCGACUUUGGACGUCAAGACUGGUGGUCAAUUCAAGAUUACUCUGACAGCUCCUGCAAAUGCAAAGACUGUCAAGGUCAUGUUGUACCAUGGUGGUUUUGUUACUCAUUCCGUUCACAUGGGUCACCGAAUGCUUGAGUUGGACACCGCUGGCUGGGUUCAAGGUCAGACAGCGCAGACGUUGACGGUGACAGCACCUCCAAAUACCAAGGUUGCGCCACCUGGACCAUAUGUUGUGUAUUGUUUGGUGGAUGGUGUGCCAGGAAUGGGGCAAUUUGUUCAAGUUUCUUGA